UCCAAAACUCUGCUUAUUCAGUCAAAUGUGUUUUUGACUGUUCGAAAUAUGCAGCAAAAGUUAGAGUCGGUGUCCACUAUUUUCGCAUUUGCUUUAAUUUGUCACCUUAAUGCACCUCUGCAAAGCUCCGUAGAUGCAUGGCGACCAUUCGAAGUGCUUCACUCCAAUGUAUCAGCUGUAUCGUAUUCGGAUCGAAUUUUCAUAAACGCUUCCAUCGACGACCAAAUGCGAUUGAAUGUUUACUUUCUCAGUUCGACUGAAAUUUAUCCGUUCGUUAAUGCCCGUGUCAUGGUAGACUCCGGUAAUGGACUCUAUGAUUUGGAAUAUUUCAACAGAACCGUCAACGUUUGUCGACUACUCAGCGAUCCGAAGUAUGAACCAUUUUUACAGUUGGUUGCGCGAACCACACUGCCCGCCAGCAAUUUCCCGAAACGGUGUCCAAUCGGAAAAAAACUUUUUUAUGUGAAAAACUUGAAACCGAAUCCGGAAGAAUUUCCACCAGUGCUGCCGGAUAAGAAGUUUUACUUUUCUAUUCGACUGUUGUCGAAAGAUGCAUCGACUUUGAAACCUCUGAUCGCUUAUAAGAUUUACAUUGAAAUUAAGAACAAAUAAA